AAAAUAUAUCAUGUAGCUAAAAUCAAAUAAGGAGGCGUAUCAUUUCUUUAAACCAGAAGAGAGGCAGGGAUGGACAGCGGAAGUAGGCAACAGAGAUCCCUAAACCCUAGCAAUGGAAAAACAAUAGAGAAGCCAAAGGUGGUGGUAAUAAUGGGUCCAACAGGUUCGGGAAAAUCAAAGCUAGCCAUUGAUUUGGCUUCCCACUUUCCGGUGGAAGUCAUCAACGCUGAUUCCAUGCAGGUCUACCAAGGCCUUGAUGUUCUCACCAACAAAGUCCCACCACAUGAACAAAAGGGUCAGCAAUCUCUCUCUUCUCUUGGAGUGCCACAUCAUCUUCUGGGUACUGUGAGUCCGAACAUUGAGUUUACUGCUAAAGAGUUUCGAGAUUCAGCCAUUCCUCUCAUCACUGACAUACUAUCUCGCAACCAAAUACCUGUCAUUGUUGGAGGUACAAAUUAUUAUAUCCAGGCUCUUGUGAGUCCAUUCCUUCUAGAUGAUUCAACAGAAGAUGUGGAUGAAAGCUGUUAUACUGGCCUUUCAGGAGAUGAGCAGGCAGACCUUGAGUUCGACUCUGGAAGAGACGAUUCCAAUUACAGAUACGAGGAUCUCCAAGACCUUGAUCCUGUUGCUGCAAACAGAAUUCAUCCAAAUAACCAGAGAAAAAUUAAUCAAUACAUCAGUUUGUAUGCUCGCUCUGGUGUUCUCCCUAGUAAACUUUUUCAAGGAAAGGCUGCAGAGAACUGGGGUCGAGUAGAUAAGUCUAGAUUCAAUUGCUGCUUUAUUUGUGUUGAUGCUGCUACCCCUGUGCUGGACAGAUAUGUAGAACAAAGAGUAGAUUGCAUGAUAGAUGCUGGAUUGCUAGAUGAGGUGUAUGACAUUUACAAUGUGAAUGGUGAUUAUACUAGAGGUUUGCGGCAGGCCAUUGGUGUUCGGGAGUUUGAGGAGUUUCUGAAAAUGUACCUUUCCACUAUAAGGAACAAUGGAGCAACUGAAUCUAUUGAUGCAUUUCUUAACCCUGUGUCAACAAAUACUCAUGAUGAGACACUGAAAGAGCAUAUGAGGGCAAUACUAAAAUCCUCUGGUAACAAUCAACUCAAAAUACUGCUAGAAGGAGCCAUUGACAAGGUGAAGUUAAACACUAGGAGACUUAUUCGUAUUCAAAAGAGGAGGCUGAAUCGGCUUCAAACAUUGUAUGAAUGGAACAUUCACUAUGUUGAUUCAAUGGAAGCCAUCUCAUGUAAAUCAGAUGAAUCAUGGGCAGCAGAUGUGGUUGGACCUGCUGUGAACAUUAUUACAACUUUCCUUAGUGAUAAAGAAAGAAUGGUGCCUAAGCUGGAGGAUCCAAAGAGCACAUCAAAGGAACCAAUCCAAAGGGACUUGUGGACUCAGUACACUUGCAAGGCUUGUGGAGACAAGGUACUUAGAGGGGCACAUGAAUGGGAACAACACCAACAGGGCCGUAGACAUAGAAAAAGGAUAUCUCAGCUCAGGAAGUCACAGGCGUUUUGCUUGGCAGAGCAGCGGCAACCACACAGUUCUUUCAAAAGUUAGAGAGCAUAAUUCAGUGGCAUACAAAUUCAGAUAUAAAUCUUGAAGAUGCUCAUGGGUAAUUGGAAGACUUGGGGUGGGUUCUAGUAUGAAUUUAGUUUUUUUUUUCUUCUUUGAGAAUUUUGAAAAAUAUAAAAAAUGAAAACACAUUCGACAUUGUUGACGCAUUCUACGCAACCCACUCAAAGUAUCACUUAUUUUGUUAGUAUGGAAAAAGCUUGUUUUAAAUUAUGUUAAUUUACAGCCUUGUUUGUAAUUGUGUUAAAAAUCUUAAUUUAAAUGAAAAUAACUGGUUUAGAAGAGAGAAGUCAGAAGAGUUUGGAUGUCACAGAAAAGUGUACAUGAUAUUUUUGUUUAGAAUAUUAGUUGUAAUUGAAGAGAUGAAGCCUUGUCUUGUUGGCAUUUCUUUCU